CGAACACGAAUGCCCCCAGCACCCUUUAUUAACACACAGAAUACAGCACACAGUCUUGUGAAACACAGAAAGGAAACCGAAAAAGAAUCAGAGAGGGAAGAGAAGGUCUCACUCCACACUCCACUCUCCUCUCCCAGCCCAGCCCCAGCGUUUUCUUGGAUCGUGAGAAAACACGCAAGAAGCUUGCAAUUCUAGGUAACAUCUCGAUCGGGUUAGUCCCAUGGAUCGCAGGAGGGAACAGAGACGAGCGGGGAAGCAGAAAUGGAGGCGCACCUCCCGCUCGACGGCUCUGUUCUCACAGUAAGGGAGUCGGUGCCCUCUGAAUUCCAUUGAACUCGGCAUGAAGCGGCCACGCGGCAGCAGCCCUUCCCUCCUCCCGAUGGCCAAUCUGGAUGAUGGCUACGGUGGGGUUGGGAUGGAGGCGGAUGGGGACCCGGAGGAGGAGAUGAUGAUGGCGUGCGGCGGCGGGGAGAAGAAGCGGCGGCUCAGCGCGGAGCAGGUGCGCGCGCUGGAGCGGAGCUUUGAGGUGGAGAACAAGCUGGAGCCGGAGCGCAAGGCGCGGCUGGCGCGCGACCUCGGCCUGCAGCCGCGCCAGGUCGCCGUCUGGUUCCAGAACCGCCGCGCGCGCUGGAAGACCAAGCAGCUCGAGCGCGACUACGCCGCGCUCCGCCACUCCCACGACGCACUCCGACACGACCACGACGCGCUCCACCGCGACAAUGACGCCCUCCUCGCCGAGGUCAAGGAGCUCAAGGCGAAGCUGGGGGACGAGGAGGGAGCGGCGAGCUUCACGUCGGUCAAGGAGGAGCCGGCGGCCUCCGACGGGCCGCCGCUCGCGGGGUUGGGUUCGUCCGAGAGCGACUCCAGCGCGGUACUCAACGACGCGGACGCGGCCGGCGCCGCGCCCGCGACAGAGGCGACGGCGCAGGAGGUACAACGCACUCUUCUUGGCGCGCCUAGCGCAGGGGCCGGCGCGUCGGCGGCUGCGGCGAGCCACGGCCAAGUGUUCUUCCACGGGAACUUCCUCAAGGUGGAGGACGAGUUCCUGGACGACGACGAGCCGUGCGGCGGGUUCUUCGCCGUCGAGCAGCCGCCGCCGAUGCCGUGGUGGACCGAUCCCACGGAGCACUGGAACUGAGCUGGAUGGAGCUUACGCUUGGGAUUUGGGCCGAGCGAGCGGUGGGAGAAUAAAAAAAAAUCCGGAAAUGAAGUCAAGUGCUAUUCUGCAAUUUUUGUAAAAUGGAGUUGUACCUAGUCCUCUUUCGUCAUUCUCGCGCGUAUUAGCAGGAGUAGUACGUAAUCUAGAAACCCAGCAAAGCAAAUUUCUAGCUCUGAUUCCUUUGCUUAGCUCUCGAUUAAGUGUAGAACGUGGUUAAGCUUGGUCUCCAAUGCAAAAAUGCAACGAAAAAAUGGACCAAAAUUCGCAAGAGUGACAGGGACAGUGAAGGGCGAGGAGUGUAGAGGAAGAGCUGAGCGAGGAAACGGCCAACCUACAUGUCGCUGCUUGCGGGCCCAGGGCCACGUGAAAGUCCGGCAUUGGCCCGCCAUUGGCCACCGGACUUAUUGGUGACGCUGAUCCGCGACGUGAACGUGUCGUGGUGGGCUUCCAUGGCCUCCGCUGCGAAGGAGAGGCCCAUUGAUCAAGCCUGUAUCUGAUUUGUUAGCUUGCAGAGAGAAGAAACUCUGAAACAUUUCUUCCAACAAUGUAACUUGCUGGGCAUCAAUUGGUCUGACAGUUCCAACGCACUUGUGUCCUCUGCAAAUACCGAAGUACUUCAAGAGAUCCCUGGCCGUCCCUUUCUUCAUGAAAAUAAUCAUAUUAAUGUGUUGGAGCA